UGCACUCUUUCCAUCUUUUAUCAAUUUUUUUCCCCGUUGGAAACGUUUUGUAACAUCUAAAGACCUGGUUUAAUUAUCCUGCUUUAAAAUUUGAAAUCAAAAGUUUUCCACUCUUAUCAAAACCUAGCUCCGUAUCGUGACUUAUUUCACGUUGACAAGGUGGACAUAUCCAUAGAUAACCUAAGUGUAUCAAAUUUGAAAAAGGGCAAACAGGGCUGGAGACAGAAGCCGUAAAGUAGACCAAUAUUAUUAUUAUUAUUUAACAAAAUGGACAUGUAACGAAGGAAAAGCGCAGUUACCGGUAGCGAUAUAGCUAUGAAAGGGUUGCUCUUGUGGGGCGCCCUUUUGGGCACUUUGCUGGAACUAGCGGGCGCCGCCACCCCCUACGUUUGCUAUUCUUCGGACCAGGACCCGUACCUGCAGUUUGGUACCAGGACGUCUUAUGAAUUUUCUUCGGGUCGGACGGCUGGUCCUGGAGGUCAAAGCGACAGAGGCAUUCCCGGUUGCAGGCCUCUCACAGUGUGGAUGGUCGCAAGACACGGAGCGAGAAACCCGAGCGGCUCCGAGGCGGAGAGGCUUAGGCAAAUCACCAAGCUCAAAGAUGAGGUCAAUAGGAAUUAUGAAGAAAGAACAAGCAAAUUGUGCCCGUCGGACGCGCAAAAUCUGCAGCAGUGGCAGUUCACUUUCAACUCGGUGGAAGAGGAUUUGAUUUCGCAACAGGGAAAAGAGGAUAUUAACCUUUUCGCAAAGCGGCUUAAGAGCCGUUUUGAAGAAUUGCUCGGCCAAGAAUACAAUGAUCAAUCAUUUGUGUUUCGCCACACUAAUACACAACGGGCAAAAAACAGCGCUGAGUCUUUUGCAGACGGCAUGUUUCCGAAUAUACCAGUACGCUUUCAGUCCACUGGUGAUAAUGAUACUUUGUUAAGAAGUUAUAAAAAUUGCCCUGCAUGGGAAGCGCUUGUCGAUAACAACCCUGAUACGGUUCAACAAAUGGACGCAUAUUUGAAACUCCCAGAAUUUGUUCGAAUAACAAGCGAAGUCAGCCAAAGACUUGGAUUUCGGUACAACCUAACCCAAGAUACACUGUUAUAUGCGUAUGAUAUUUGCCGCUACGAGAAGGCAAAUAAUAUAAAAAUCACAUCACCGUGGUGCGCAAUUUUCACAACUGAUGAACUGAAGGCGAUAGAAUAUGCCGAGGAUUUAAAGUUCUACUACAACGCAGGUUACGGAAAUAGCAUGAACGCAAAACUUGGGUGUUCCCUCUUACAAGACAUGAUGUAUAGAUUUCGAAAUGUGUCAGUUGGAAGGACCGAAGCAUCAGGAGUUUUCUACUUCACGCACAUCACCUCGAUUUUGAACCUCCUGACACGAAUGGGGGUGGCCAACGACCAGCCACCAUUGAAUGCCAACAAUUAUGCAAGCCAAAGUCGGCGCCAGUGGAAAACCUCCGCUCUGGCGCCGUUCAACGCCAACCUGGCCGCAGUUUUCUUCAACUGCACCGGAAAUAACGGGCAGGUGGAGCAGAAGAUUGUGUUUUAUCUGCAGGAAAGCGUGCUGCCGCUUCAGGGGUGCGAGGCAGGCAUUUGCACUUGGGACUUUGUUCGCGAUCGUUUCAUGUCUUUGGCCGACGAGUGCAACGUGAAUCGAACAUGCGCCGGACAGGACGGGGCAGGACAACUAGCAGUCUCGCUGCUGGCCAUUUUUAUUUCCUUGGCAGUUAGCGUGCGAUUUGUUUAAAUGAUUGAUGAUAAGGUAUUCAAACUUAAUGCAACUCUUCAAGUUCAAAGCCAACCAAAAAUGUAGAUCAAAAAUAAUGUUAAUUUAUAUAAGUUAUGCUCUAUUGAAAGGAUGCUGGUGAAAGGGCACUGCGCAUGAUUUGUCUGAUAAAGAGAUUAAAGUCAAAGCUAAAAAUGAUUUUUGUCUUCUAUCCAACCAAAACUG